GGAAGCAGACCGCUGGGUGAUGAGUUAAACGUGUGCGUGCAGUGCAGAGGGAUGUUUCAUAGGUAGAAUGAAUUUUAAUGUUGUAAUUUAAUUAAAAGGACUAGCUAACUUACACCAUGUCCCUAGAAGACGGUAAAAAAUUGGAACUGCUGCAGUUGAUUUACAGUUAUCUUAGCAAAAACGGUUAUCACAAAGCAGCUAAGAAGCUUAAACUGCCCAGCAGUCAGCCCCUCCUAUUUGAGCACGUGGUAUCUCUGCAGGACAUCUACUCGUUCUGGGCAAAUGCUCCUGAAAAUGUUAAAAAAAGAAAGUUAAAGGAAGGUGAACUUUCACCAAGCAAGAAAGCUCAUGUGUGUGAUCCCAAAAGCAGCUCUGAAACCUCAGGAGAUGAGGAAGAGGAGAAGGACACCGCACAUACUAAGAAGACCUCAAAGGAAGGUGCCAGGGUUGUUGGGAAAACCGCACCCACUCAAGGUUUGGGGAAGAAAUUGAAACACAGCAGUAAGGCCUCAGAUGUAGACUCCUCCUCGGAAGAUGAUCUAUCUGAAAAGGUAAAAGUUUCAGCUUCAGAUGCCAAACCUGUUUCAUUAAAAUCAUCUCCAGCCUCCACCUCCAAAACUACUUUGAACAAAUCUACCCCAGCAAAGGUUUCCACCGUAGCCUCCAGCAAGUCUGGUUUACUUACUAAAACCUCCAACGUUCCUGUAAAAAAGCCUACUGAGUGCAGUAAGAAGGCGGAAAGCUCCGAGAGUGAUAGCACCGAUUCAGAAAGUGAAGAGGAAGCACAAGCAGUUAAAGGGGCUGGUUCUACAGCAACCAAAACAAAGCCUAUUGGCACGUUAAAAGGCAGUAGUGUGACAGAAUCCUUUGAGUCACCAGUCAGAACAACACCUGGCCUCAGUAAAGUCUCUUCUUCUGCGAAACAGAUAAAUCUUGUCACAAAAAAGAAAGGAGAGACUUCGAGAAGUGAAUCUUUGGAGAGUGAAGAUGAGCGGCUAGCAUGGAACAUUUCGUCUAUACCAAAGCUCCAUUUACAGUCGAGAACACCAAAUAAAGAAGUCAACAGCAAUUUGGUGGCAAAAAGUCUCUCUUUCCUGCCCACCCCAAAACAAGCUACGCAAAGUCAAACAGCACUGAAGAGUACAGCGAAAAAGAAGAAAAGCUCCAAAACAGAUGACAGCAAUUCUUCAAAAAGUGAUGACAACGCACCAGUAAAAAAAUGUUUGUCUGUGUCAAAGGGACGACAAACCCUUGUGGAGUCUUCGCCUAAACAAGUCUCAAUUAAAAAGACCCCGUUGGUUUCAGGCAAGUCUACAAAACCAAAUCCUGUGCAGGCAAGUGAUGAAGGUAGCUCUGAUAGUGAUAGCAGUAACUCUUCACAAAGUUCCCGAAAACAUUUAGGUAAUUCAAAAGCCAGUUCUCAUCCUGAAAUUAAUACUAAACAGAGCUCUGCUAAGAAAGCAACAUUUGACACACCUGCUAAACAAAGCCCCAGUGUGACAAAAACGCCCCUAAAAGCGGCUGUGGUGAAAAACGGAGACAGUUCAGAUAGUGACAGUAAUGAUGAAUCCAAUAGUGAAGUUGAGACGCCAUUACAAUUAUUGAAUAAACCGUCAAACAGCAAAAUAAAGGGAAAAAAUGCUGCUUCUUUAGCCUCAAAAAAAUGUACUCCAAAUCCAUCCCAGACCUCUGAGAAGACGGCAGGCAGGGGCAGGAAGAAAGAGCAAGAAGAGGAAAAAGGCUCAGACAGUGACAGCAGCAACUCCUCGGACAGUAUUACAAAGCUGUCCCUGCAGGUUGCGUUAAACGUCAGCCCCUCAACCCCUACUUCUGAGGUAAAACAGAGCCGCUCAGGAAGUGUUUCUAAAUUGACAGCCUCUGAAUCAAACAAUGACAGUGAUGACCCAAGCAAGGAAGAUGAAAACUCCCAGAUGUUAUUUCAGUCAGAAGUAAAAUCUGCCGCUCAUUCAAAAACCUUAAAGAGUGUCCAACCUUCCCCAAGAAGCGAUUCAAAGGUAGCACAAGCAGAGACGCUGAAUGCAAACCAGGCCAGAGCUGUUACGAAGAUUACAUCUAAAAACAAGACUGUUGCAAAAUCUGCUGGUGCAAAGAAGGUGGACUUGUUUACCACUGCAGAAUGUGAAAGGAAUUCGGAGAGUGAUGACUUUAAAGAAUUGUACAGUGAGUCUCCACAGGUUCUGCAGGAAAAGCGAGAAUUGGUUGCAAGAAUCCUGAAGCAGCAUAAGAUGGAAAUUAGGGCUCUGCUUUCAAAGGAUAAAAAAACAAAAUCUGGGUCAAAAGCCAGUGUUGCCCACACAGCAAUCAAAAAUAAACCGUCCACCAAGCCUGUAAGGCCGCUGGAGAAGAAUGGCAGCUCAGUAAGCGACAGCAUCAUCACUGACAUUAAAAAAGUUGCAACAUCAAAAAGGAAAUACUCAGAUACUGACUCAUCAGAAGACAACGUUUUCCCAUCACCUCCACUUCCCGUGACACAGAAGUCACACAUAAAGGUAACUAAAAAGAAACUGCCUUCAAAAAAAGGGAACAACCUUGUUAAAAUAAAUGACAGCGGAGCUAAAAAUGAUCUUUCUGUCCAGGAAGGAGUCUCUUUUGUGAAGAGCAAGCUAUCAGCUGGCAAUGACUCUCAGCAUGUUGAAACCAAAAAGAACAAAAAAGAAGCAUCUCAGUUUAGCCAAUCAAAAGAAUCCUCACUGGAGGAAGUAAGGGAGAGGAAAAGAAAGGCACCCGCUUCAUCCAAUGAAAAAAAAUCUUCAGGGAAAAAAGACAAGAAAGGCAAAGAUAAGACUGGUAAACUGGUCAAGAAGUUGAAGCUGGCAAGUGAAGAUAAUUCUUCUCUAAUGCAUUUAUCAAAAAAGCCCAGUCCUGCUGCAGAAAAGGAAAGAGUGGUGCUAUCCAGAGAGAGUGACUUAUCUGACGAGAGUGCUUUUGAGUCAACCCCUACCACCAUCACACAGAAAUCAAGCUCGAAGAAAUCAGAAAAGAAACUACCCAUAAAGAAAGGAGGAGAUGUUGAUAAAGCAAAUGGAAACAGGACUAAAAAAUAUGUCUCUGUCCAGGACUUAUUGUCUUUAGGUAAUCACCAACUGUCAUAUUCUAACAGUGAUUCUGAUGAUGCAGAAGAUACUACUGCCAUCAAAGCACUCUUAGGUAAGAAGGCAUCUUCAGUAGCAAAGCCCCCUGAAGAGUCCUCAUUUGAUGAAGGGGAAGAGAAUGCUCUUUCAGGGGUGAAGAAGUCUUCAGGGAAAAAAGAAAAGAAAGAUAAAGAGGAGACAGAGAAGAAGCCAAAGCAGGCCAAGAAACUGCAGCGGAUGAGUGAUGCUACAUCCUCCAUAACACAUUCAUCAAAAAAGUCCAGUCCUGCUCCAGAGAAGGAAGAUAAUGUCCUGCCUAAAAAAAAACUUAAGAAGAAAAAAAAGAUAAAGGCAACACCUUACCCUUCUGCUCUGAAAGCGGCACGUGACUCGCCAGCUUUAGUAGGUGCUAGUCCUGUACUUAGCCUGGGAAAACAUAAAAAGAAAAAGAAAUCCUCAAAGAGCAAAUUGGAGGACUCCAUUUAAUUUCAAUUGCAGGUACAAUUAUGAUAUGUGAUUGCAACAUUGGCUGUGACAGAAGCCUCAAACAUUAUCACUCUAUUUUGUAAUGUUUUAUUUUAUUUUAUAUGUGGUAAUAUUUUUCACAGGUGAAGAUUUAAAGCAUGUUAAAAUGUAUCCAUUUCAUUUUAAUAUCUUGAUACUUUUGUUUACCCAAUUUUGCAAGUACAUAGAUAAUAUUUAGCAACUGUUAUGUACAUUUGUUACAUUAGACAUUAUUAGGAAAUGUCAAAAAUCUGUAGAUUUGUACUAAAAAGUGCCUUCCUAUCAAUUUUACAUCCUGUAUUUAACAUCAUGAGUUUGUCACAAGAUGAUAGUCAAGAUAUAUUUAACAAAGUUGUCAUUGUCUAUUUUUAUAAAUAAGUUAAUAAAUAUGGUACUUUGGUAAUACAUUUUGAUCUGUGAUGGCCUUGCGCCCCUUGCCUUAUAUGCUUUGCUCAGGAAUCCAGACUAGAAAGAAGCAGGCAUAGAAAGUGGACAGACGUUACAAAGUGCCACAUCAGAGAGCUUUGGCCACAGUUUGUUUCGUCUUCUGUGUGGGCUUGUAAUGUUCCCCUGUUUGUGUGUAUGAAUUGCCUGCAAGUACUCAGAUUGUUUUCUUCCAUGACUUAUAAGGCAUAUUGCUAGGUCAU